AUGGCUGCCCAAGUGCUGCUGCAGAUGGCGCUAUUGGUGCUGGUCAUGCUCCUGGUCCAAGGUGCCCUUGGCGGGAGCUCUCGGGAAGACUUCCGCUUCUGCGGCCAGCGGAACCAGACUCAGAUGAGCGGCCUCCAAUACGAGCAGACAUCAAAGCUGCACAUCUCCAUCAAGAACACCAAGGGGGCUCUGACAGUGCGCGCCCCCUUCCCUGCAGCCUCUGGGGCUUCCCGAGUCCUCCCUGACCGCAGGGGACUCUACCACUUCUGUCUGUACUGGAGACGACACGUUGGGAAGCUGCACCUCCGCUAUGGCAGGAACGACUUCUUGCUGAGUGACCAGGCCUCAGACCUCCUAUGCUUCCAACAGCGGAAUGAGAGCUCAGAGCAAGGCCCCCUCCUGCUCGCCACAUCCUUCCGCUCCUGGUGGAGUCCCCAGAACACCAGCCUGCCCAGUGCUACUGACUUCACCUUCUCCUUCCACGAGCCUCCCCAGAAGGCCUCCCACGAUGCCUCGGUGGACAUGUGUGAGCUGAAAAGGGACCUCCAGAUGCUCAGCCAGCUUCUGCAACAUCCCAUGAAGAGCUCAAGGAGGCCCUCAGCCACCCCUGCCCGGCAGCACCUGCAGAGCCUCGAGUCGAAGCUGACCUCUGUGAGAUUCACGGGGGACACGGUGUCCUUCGAGGAGGACCUGGUCAAUGCCACAGUGUGGAAGCUCCAUCCCACGGCUAGCCUCCAGGACCUGCACCUCCAUUCCCGGCAGGAGGAGGAGCAGAGUGAGGUCCUGGAGUACUCGGUGCUGCUGCCACGCCUGCUCUUCCAGAGGGCCAAAGGCAGGAGAGGGGAGGCCGAGAAGAGACUCCUUCUGGUGGACUUCAGCAGCCAAGCCCUGUUCCAGGACAAGAAUUCCAGCCAAGUCUUGGGUGAGAAGGUCUUGGGUAUCGUUAUACAGGACACCAAAGUGGUCAACCUCUCAGAGCCUGUGGUUCUCACCUUCCAGCACCAGCCACAGCCAAAGAAUGUGACUCUACAAUGUGUAUUCUGGGUUGAAGACCCAACAUGGAGCAACCCAGGGAGCUGGAGUGACGCUGGGUGUGAGACCCUCAGGAGAGAGACCCAGACGUCCUGCCUCUGCAACCAUCUGACCUACUUUGCAGUGCUGAUGGUCUCUUCUGCCGAGGUGGAUACCGUGCACAAGCAUUACCUGUCCCUCCUGUCCUACGUGGGCUGUGUCAUCUCUGCCCUGGCCUGCAUGUUCACCAUCACUGUCUACCUCUUCUCCAGGACCCCACAGCCCUGCAGGAGGAAGCCUCGGGAUUACACCAUCAAGGUGCACAUGAAUUUGCUACUGGCCAUCUUCCUGCUGGACAUGAGCUUCCUGCUCAGCGAGCCCGUGGCCCUGACGGGCUCCGAGGCAGGCUGCUGCGCCAGUGCCGUCUUCCUGCACUUCUCCCUGCUCGCCUGCCUCACCUGGAUGGGCCUCGAGGGCUACAACCUCUACCGGCUGGUGGUUGAGGUCUUUGGCACCUAUGUGCCUGGCUACAUGCUCAAGCUGAGCCUUGUGGGAUGGGGCUUCCCUGCCUUCCUGGUGACGCUGGUGGCACUGGUGGACAUGAACAACUAUGGCCCCAUCAUCCUGGCUGUGCACAGGACUCCAGAGAGCAUCAUCUAUCCUUCCAUGUGCUGGAUCCGGGACUCCCUGGUGAGCCACAUCACCAACCUGGGCCUCUUCGGCCUGGUGUUUCUGUUCAACACGGCCAUGCUGGGCACCAUGGUGGUGCAGAUCCUGCGGCUGCGCCCUCAUGCCCAGAAGUGGCCCCACGUGCUGACGUUGCUGGGUCUCAGCCUGGUGCUCGGCCUGCCUUGGGCCCUGGUCUUCUUCUCCUUUGCCUCCGGCACCUUCCAGCUCGUGGUCCUCUACCUCUUCAGCAUCAUCAUCUCAUUCCAAGGCUUCCUUAUCUUCCUCUGGUACUGGUCUAUGCGGCUGCAGGCCUGGGGAGGCGGCCCCUCCUCCCUGAAGAGCAGCUCAGACAGCGCCAGGCUCCCCAUCAGCUCGGGCAGCACUUCGUCCGGCCGCAUCUAG